UGUGUGAGUGUGAAAUGUGUGUAUGAAGGAUAGGAUGCCCCCCCAGUGCGGGACCAGCUAGCUAACGUUAGCCACAUGUUGUGCCACUGCAAAGUAGCAUGCACCAACAACACCAUAUCUCUGAUGUUUGGAUGCAAGAAGUAUCGGUGUCAAGAAGAGGAAGGGGCAUCACCAGGUGCCCCAAAACUCCACCAUCAUCCUUGCCAUCAUCACCACAUGGGAGUAGCCAGAGAGCUGAGGGAUGGAAGUACCCUGGGGAGGGAUGGAGGGACCCUGGGUAGGGAGGGAGGAACGUGGAGGAGAGAUGGAGGGGGCGCUGGGACCAUGGAGAGAGAAAGGGAACGGUCACUGGGGAGGGAUGGAUCUCUCGGUCGCCACAGUGACCUGCGGGGGGCGGAGCUGGUUCAGGUGGCGGAGCGGCAGCUAUCUCAGAUUCAACACGUUCAUGGAUAUGUCACUCAUACACACAUCGCGCCUGCUCAGGUAGAAUCACCUGAGGUUCCCUUUGAUGACGAGGCGUGGCCUCACCCAGAGGGAGAGAGGCUGAAUGAAGUCCCAGCCCCACCUUUCUCCUCCCUCUAUGCUCAAAGCCACGCCUACUACCAGGCCAACCCCCCUCCAGUGGUGGUCAACACCGACAGCGUCGACACCCCCCCAUAUGUCAAUGGAACAGAAGCAGACUAUGAGUAUGAGGAAAUCACGUUGGAGCGGGGUAACUCGGGCCUCGGUUUCAGUAUCGCUGGAGGAACUGAUAACCCCCACAUUGGAGAUGACCCCUCAAUCUUCAUCACCAAGAUUAUACCUGGAGGAGCUGCAGCCCAGAAUGGACGACUCAGGGUGAAUGACUGCAUAGUCCGAGUGAAUGACACAGACGUCAGAGAGGUGACCCACAGCGGCGCUGUGGAGGCGCUCAAGGAUGCAGGUGGUCUGGUCAGACUGUGUAUACGACGCAGGAGGAGCACCACCGAGAGAAUCAUGGAUAUCAAACUAGUCAAAGGCCCCAAAGGUUUAGGAUUUAGUAUAGCAGGUGGAGUUGGAAACCAACAUGUCCCAGGCGACAACAGCAUCUAUGUGACCAAAAUCAUUGAGGGAGGGGCAGCACACAAAGAUGGACGUCUGCAAAUAGGGGACAAGCUUGUUGCUGUAAAUGGCUCCUGUUUGGAGGAGGUAACUCACGAGGAGGCAGUGGCCGCCCUGAAGUCGACUCCGGAUGUUGUGUAUCUGCGUGUGGCCAAACACACCUCCCUUUUUAUCAACGACAACUUCCCUCCGCCCGACGUCACUAACUCAUAUUCCCCACAUCAGGAUAACCACAUAAGCCCCUACAUGAGUGGCAGCCAAUCUGUAAGCCCCGCCCCACUGACCACGCCCAGAUACUCACCUCUGCCUAGGGCCAUGGCUGGAGACGAUGAUAUCACCAGGGAACCCAGACGGGUGGUGCUGCAGAGGGGCUCUACAGGUCUUGGAUUUAACAUUGUUGGAGGAGAAGAUGGAGAGGGAAUCUUCAUUUCAUUCAUUCUUGCUGGAGGUCCAGCUGAUCUCUGUGGGGAACUUCGGAAGGGAGACCGCAUCCUGUCGGUGAAUGGGGUUGACCUGUCCAGUGCAACACAUGAGCAGGCAGCCGCAGCUCUGAAAAAUGCAGGACAGACCGUCACCAUAGUAGCACAGUACAGACCAGAGGAGUACAGUCGUUUCGAGGCAAAGAUCCAUGACCUGAGGGAACAGAUGAUGACCAGCAGUGUCAGUUCCAGCUCCACGUCCCUCCGCUCCACACAGAAGCGCACACUUUACGUCAGGGCCUUGUUUGACUAUGAUGGAAGUGCUUCGGAUCUGAGUGCGCCAAAUCAGACCCUGCCCUUUCGUUUCGGGGAUAUCCUACACGUGAGCAGUGCCAGCGAAGAGGAGUGGUGGCCUGCCCGUCACCUCAGCCCCCCGCCCCCAAACUGCCCAGAAGUUGGGGUCAUCCCCAGCCGCCGGAGGGCAGAAAAGAAGGAGAGGUCGAGGUUAAAGAUAGUCAGAGUGACCAGGUCUCAGGACAGAUCGGAUCAGGAUGAUAAAGAGCUGGUAACCUCUGGCACCAGCGAUAGUGAGAGUAGUUCCUCUGGUCAGGAGGAGAUCCUUCUCACCUACCAACCUGUCAUGCAGCAUGAAGUUAAUUACACACGGCCCGUCAUCGUACUUGGACCAAUGAAAGAUCGGGUUAAUGAUGACCUCAUCUCCGAGUUCCCUGAAAAAUUUGGCUCCUGUGUCCCUCACACAACGCGGCCUCGGAGAGACUACGAGGUGGAUGGCAGAGAUUACCACUUCAUGUCCUCCAGAGAGCUCAUGGAGCAAGAGAUCCAGGAACACAAGUUCAUUGAGGCUGGACAGUAUAACAACCAUCUCUAUGGAACCAGCAUACAGUCUGUCAAAGAGGUCGCGGACAAGGGCAAACACUGCAUACUGGAUGUAUCAGGGAACGCGAUAAAGCGUCUCCAGAUGGCAGGUCUCCAUCCCAUCGCUAUCCUCAUUAGACCCCUCAGUGUCGACAGCAUUUUAGAGAUGAAUAAGCGUCUCACUGAGGAGCAGGCAAGGAAGGCCUAUGACAGAGCUGUCAAACUGGAGCAGGAGUUCGCAGAGUACUUCACUGCUAUUGUCCAGGGCUCAACCCUAGAGGAAGUGUAUUCGCAGGUGAAGCAGAUCAUCGAGGAGCAGUCAGGUCCUUACAUCUGGGUUCCCACCAAGGAGCGACUCUGAAUAAACACACACAUACAACAUACUCACACACACACACAUCAGCCUCUCUGUACACUUCCUACUUGUCUAAUUUUCUAUUAUCAGCCUGCUUCCUCUCCCUCUUUUUCUUACGCAUACACAUCACUACAUGCGUGCACAUUUACACAAGCACAUAAAGUGGGACGAGGCUGGGACUAUCUGGGACUGCUACUUCCUGAAGUCUGUCCAGCAGCCUAUUGGUGGAUCUUCCUACAGCUCAGUUCCUUAAUGUUUAAGGAGGUGGUUCAAAUCAAGGCGACAUGUACCAUUAUCUGAUUUGAUUUCAUUAUUGUUCUUCUUAUUGUUGUUGUCGUUGUUGUUUUCAUAUUAACGAAGGGUAAUGCAUUCAUGUAUGGGUUUGUAAUGAUUAUAUUGUCACCAAGAGGCAGAUUUUUGCACGCUGUAGCUUUAAGAGCAUGUUUUUGGGACAAAAUCUUGAUCUUCUUUCCUAUCUGUCUGUUCGUCUCUCCUCAUUUGUGAUCACUCAUCACACCACAUGUUUAAAGUUUCUCUUUCUUGUCUUUUUUUCUCAUAUCUCAAUCCUCUCUUUCCUUCCCUUUCCUCUUUUGAAUAUCUACAGACUUUAGAUAUGAGGUGAAAAUCAUUAUUUGCUUUCUAAUAUUCCCCAGAAUUUUGGCAUCAGUGGCCAAAACAACUACUGUUUAGAGAUGUAGCAAAAAGAUAAUAAUCAUUUAAUCUGUAAGCAAUGUAUGACUUGAUAAUAGUUACUGUAACAAGCAGCAAUUCUCGAUCUGAUAACUAAAUAGGAUUGAAUUAAAAUGCAGAGCACUCUGUCACCAGUUUGCUUUUGAAAGGUCAAAAACAAAUUGCCUCAUAAAGGUGAUGGGAGUACAUUUGGAGCUCUGGGCCUGCAUUUAUCACAUUUUUGAGAAACUUUUUAAAAAUAACUCACAGGUCUCAUGGGUCAGAUUUAUCAGGCAGCUCACUCCGAUUUACAGCCAAAGAGACAACAUGAAAGAGCAGCUCAGAAGGUCAUUACAUGAUCAAUCACGUGACCAAAUAAGGGCAAGAAUCACCAAACAGCGUCAAGGAUUUUAGACCUCAUCUAGAAUAGAAUGCCUUUAUUUGUCAUUAUACCGAAUGUACAUGAGAUUGGAGAAAUCUGCACCGUUGUUCGUUACUUUUUACAAAUUUGUAUAGCUUGUGUUAACACUCCUAAACACUAACAUUUAAGAGCUUUUUAAGUGAGAAUAAAAUUAUAAACAGCUCCAGUUUGCGAGUAGAAAUAAAAUAACAGAAUUUCAGCUUUUUUCUUUUCACUUAAGUUCGACAGUUGUACUCAACAGUUUGAUAAAUAGAGGCCCAGAUUCUCUCUUUAAGAAACUUGAGUCUGUUUCAUUGAAGCCUUCAUCCCACAAGGGCUUCGCUGCCUUUCCUUCCACCUCCACUUCCUUUUCCUUGUCUCAUGCCUUCAUGUCUCCUCCACUCCACAGUGUGACAUUAAUUACGCACUCCAGCAUUAAACAGUGUAUCUUCUGCGUCAUCAUCACUAUCAUCACAAUCAUAAUCAUCAUUGUUACAGCUUUCCUUCUUACUGUAGUUGCACUAAUGAGGGCUGGUUUCUUAAAAGCAUCUUUACCGUCCCAGUGUUUCUGGUCUUCGGACAUGAUGACACGACACACUCACUUUUCUUUCAGCAAUUGUUAUGCUGCUUUGAAAAGAUGUUGAUUGGAACAGUUUUUGGUAAAGGUUUUUUUCAGUUAUGUAAUAUGCCAUGCUGUUGUUGGAUAUUUAAGGACGUCAAGUCUGGAGAAACUUACUGUUUGGAUUAACUAAUCCACUGCAAUCCACUUUUCUCCUACUGGAUUUAUAGGCUUGAGCCUUCAGUCCCAUUGCGCAUAAAAAAAACUCUUAACACUUGCACAUGUGUGACCUCAGCACUCCAUCCAUAAUUAAUCAGCUAAGGGUUAUAUCUUGGAGCUUGUUUUUAUUAUUUCACAGAUGUCUACUUUAUGCAUAGAAAGAUGAAAUGUUUGGCCCGAGGCUGAACCAGCUUCUCAGUCAUGGACGGCAGACUUAAAGCUACUCCGUGUAGUCUCUGACCACAUUAACAGUACAUGUAACCUAUCAAUGCCAACUCUGUCGGUCACGUGACGCUCGCUUAGUACAUCUGUGAACUGUAGUGGUCUUUUCUUGGCUUUGCUGCUUGUCGCCGAGGCUUAGCUUAACAACAUUUCGCUAAACUCUACUUGUACUGAAGACUAUAAUGAAAACACAAGUAAAAUCUUAACAGUGUUGUAGAGUGUAACUCUGUUUUUCAGCACUGCAGCUGCUUUAUGGUCAUUUUAGGGCCAUUUAAUGCACUCUAUUCAGUGGCCUGAACAGUGAUGUGGAUUUUUUUGGAAUCCACAUUGCACCUGUAAUGUGUUAUUUACACUUUGGAUUAGCCUCACAGAUAUUUUAUCAUUCAGAGCAGAUUGUAGGCAUUUUUGAGAACCCUUUGCUCCGUAAGUGUUGGUGUAAUGGUUUGAGUUUCUCUUGGGAGCAACAUCAUGAGUGCUGAGGUCAUGAACGAGACUUACCGGAAAACACGACAAUAAUCUCGUGUUUUCAAAGGUAACAUUGAAGAUGCUUUUGGAGACACAGCCCCUGUAUGGACCUUGUCAGCCACCCGCUCCCCCAUCUUUACCCUCCAACCCCGCGGCGACUCCUCCAAGCUGACUGGAGACCGGAGAUGUACAGAAAGACUCUGUUCUGUCAACCGAGUAGCUUUUAAAUCCAAAUAAUGGCUAGUUUUGACUGCAUGUGUUUUAAAAAGCUUUAAUGUUUCCUCACUGAAUGUCCAGAUAAGCUAAAUUUCCUCCCAUUUGUAAUCCUCACUGAUUGAAGUCAGUCAGUAGUGCGUUUGUGGGUUGACAGAACAGGACUCUCUGUAUGACUCCGGCUGUGUGUUUUAGCCAGGGGACCAUGCCACUGUAUGUUAGAGUAAAGCACCGAUGCAAAGAAUCUAUUACAGAGAUGGAACUAUAUCUAACAUAUAAUAUUUAUCCCUGCUCUAACUGCCUAUUUUGGUACAAAAAAAAAACAAAUAAAUAAAUAAAAGUCUUUAUUGAGAUUUACUGAAAUCCCUUGACCUUUAA